CACUCAGAUGCUUCAGCUCUCCAACCAGCUGGCGCAGCGCAGCAGACACUCUGCUCAGUCUUCCUCUCAGAGUUCUGGUUGGUUAGACGAUCAGGCUGGAGGGAGGCCUCAGGUCCAGUCUGCUGAGGAGGAUUUCUUCAAGGAGGUCUCACCAGCGAAACAACAGUCCUCAGCACCAGGGGGCCAAUGAUAUGGGGGGAAGCGGAGACGACAGCGGGCCAGGGAGGCUGAGCCGCAGACUGUCUCGCCUGGGCAGCAGGCAUCAGUCCAGGGAUCCACCGAGACCUCCGGCUCAGGCAGAGAGACCUGCUGCCCCACCUGACAGACCUGUUCACCAAGAUGACAGUCCUUCUCCAUCAGCCCCUGCUUCACUUCCACCUCUUGCUCCAGCUCCAGCACUGGGUCCUGUUCCUCUUUCCCUGCCCAAGGAAACGCCACCGAAACGCCCGGACAAAGCAACAAAGCCCAAACUUCCUCCUCGCCCUCUCUCCAAGGUGUUCAGCAGCACUGAUCAUGGAGCAGCUGUGUUGCAGGGCUUUGAUACUUUUCGGGCAGAUGAGACUCUCUGUGAUGUUGUCUUGGUUCCAGGGGACAGCAAGGACACGUUUCCAGUCCACAGAGUCAUCAUGGCUUCAUCCAGUGACUAUUUCAAGGCAAUGUUCACAGGAGGCAUGAGGGAGCAGGAGAUGAGAGAGAUAAAGCUGCAUGGGGUCACUAAGUCGGGUUUAAAGAACAUCAUAGACUUCAUUUACACAUCCAAAGUCACCCUCGACAUGGGUAAUCUCCAGGACACGCUGGAGGCUGCUAACUUCUUGCAGGUCAUGCCUGUGCUGAGCUUCUGUAAUCAGCUUCUGAGCAGUGAGAUCACUAUUGAUAACUGUGUGGAAGUCGAACGCAUCGCAACAGACUUGCUCCUGGAGGAUGUUCAGCUGAAUAUAGGUGAGUUUGUGGGCCAGAACCUCUCAGCGUUGGUGCAGUGUGGCCGUUACCUCCAGCUCUCUGAGACCAGCAUGGCCAACGCUCUGGCCAGCAACUCACUGGAAGGUUUCUCCGAACUGGAGCUCUACCACAUCGCCAGAGGAUGGCUGGACCACGACCCCUCUACACGUCACUCAUCCGUCUACGCCUUAAUGCGCCAUAUUCGCUUCCCACUGAUGAGCCCCAAUGAGCUGAUUCAGAUCUCCCAGGAUGAAGAAGAAGGAGGCGACUCCCUGAUGCGCUCUGACACGGCCUGUGUGAACCUCCUGCUGGAGGCCAGCAACUACCAGAUGAUGCCUUUCAUGCAGCCAGCCCUGCAAACUGAGCGGACGCAAAUACGCUCAGACUCCACGCAUAUUCUGGCACUGGGCGGCGUGAUGCGGCAGCAGCUGGUGGUGAGCCGGGAGCUGAGGCUGUAUGAUGAAAAUACCAACCACUGGAGGGCCCUGAAGCCCAUGGAGGUACCACGCUAUCAGCAUGGUGUGGCUCUUCUAGGCGGCUUCCUCUUCAUCGUUGGAGGCCAGAGCACAUACGACACCAAGGGUAAGACGGCCAUAGACAGCGCCUACCGCUAUGACCCGCGCUUCGACAAGUGGCUUCAGAUCGCUUCGCUCAACGAGAAGAGGACCUUCUUCCACCUCAGCGCUCUGAAGGGGAAACUGUUUGCAGUGGGAGGGAGGAAUGCCUCUGGGGAGAUCGAAACGGUGGAGUGCUACAACCUGAAGAAGAAUGAGUGGACAUUAGUGAGCAGUAUGGUGGAGCCUCACUAUGGACAUGCUGGAACAGUUCAUGGGGGCCUCAUGUUCAUCUCAGGUGGCAUCACACGUGACACAUUCCAGAAGGAGCUUUGGUGUUAUGAUCCUGCUGCCGACACAUGGAGUCGGCGUGCCGACAUGAUUGAGUUGCGUGGCCUGCACUGCAUGUGCACCGUCGAAGACAGACUCUAUGUCAUGGGCGGGAAUCACUUCCGAGGCAGCAGCGACUACGAUGACGUCCUAGGCUGCGAGUACUACAGCCCCGAGACAGACCAGUGGACGGUGGUGGCUCCCAUGCCUCGGGGCCAAAGUGACGUUGGUGUGACUGUGUUUAACGGGCAGAUCUAUGUGGUGGGAGGGUAUUCCUGGAACAGCAGAUGCAUGGUUGACAUUGUGCAGCGGUACGAUCCAGAGCAGGACAUGUGGGACAGAGUGUUCAACGUGCUGGAGCCUCUGGGGGGGAUUCGAGCCUGUACGAUGACGGUUCAUCUCCCGGAGGGGUCAGUUGACGAGGCUCAGAUACAAGAGUGUCCGCUGCCCACAGCAAAGAGUUGAGAGCACACCGCAGACAGGGGAUUUCUGAUUAACAAAACAAAAAUUUACCUACAUGCUGUGUCGGAAAGAGGGCAAAACAGGAAAUGGUGUGGGUUGCAAACACAAGCUGCAGGUGCUGCAAGUAUGGCUAGCUAGCUAACAUUAGCAUUCUAGAAAAAAUUCUACAGCUGUCUAUCGAACCCUAUCUUUAGCGCUAUUUCCCGUCCUUGCAUUUACUGCCAGCCAUGCAGCGUCUCUCCUGCUCUGCUGCUUGUGUUCUUUCACUCGGCAGCCACAGUAUGUAAAAGGAAAUCCUCGGUCAAACUUCAGUCAGACUGAACUCUGAAGCAAAAUAGGAUCAGUUAGGAUCAGAGGGCAAAUCCAAAGGUAUUUUUUGGUGGAAACUCAACUUCAUCAUGGAAAUAAUGUGAUUGAACAAAAAAUCUUACAUAAUUUUAUCUUUUCACUAUAAUUCUCAUAAACUAACCAAAAACAUGCCAGAUCUUUCAUCUAUCAUGACGCACAAGCUCAGAGGAAUACAUUGAACUCUGUGUGUCAUAAUGGAGGAUGAAGGAAUUUGUUGCACAAAAGCCACAAUGUGGUUAAUUUGUGAGGGUUUUUAAGUGUCUGGAUGAUAAUGGAGUUCUGUGGCACCGAGUCACAAGAUGUAAGCUGGACUGUGGCUACAAAGACAGAUUGUCUUUAUUAUGAUUUUGGGAACUUGAAUUGGAACUUUUUGUCCCUCUGUGAAUGUAUCCAGUGACAAACACAGAGGGUUUUCACAAUAAAACUUGGGUUUAUAGUCCAACAAGAGGCAAUCACCUCAACAAAGACUGUGAUGUAAUUGCCCCAAAGUUUUUCACACCAACAGACACUGUAAAACAAUCUAUAUGAAUUCCAUAAAACAUGAAUAUAAAGCAAAAUAGCCUGUGAUUUUUCAGCUCUUUAUGCCCCCAUAAAGCCUGUGGAGACUGUACUGUAGUUCAUUUUCCCAUGUCCUCAUGUGAAGCUGCCUGAGCCUAUAUGGUUGAGAAAGAAAGAACCUGAAUCAUUACCAGCUGUGUCAGCGGGGCUGGUACUGUUUUCACCUUGUGAAUCUGUGUGUAAGUGUGUCAUCAUGGAAAAAUAUGGUCCUGGAGACAACUACUGUGACCGAAACUAACAGGAAAGCUGUUUUCAGUACUUUGACUUUGGCAACUGUGAAAGAUGCAGUCACGAAACUUUACAGGUGUGUAGUUGAGAUCAAAAUGAAGGUCGUGUAAGAUAGGAGUGGUCUGACCCAUGAGUACUGACUAGUAGUAAUAACUCAGUACUCAUGUAAUAAUGUAGUAAUGAAUACUGGGUACACAUGUAAUGUAGUUCAUGACUACUGAGCACUCAUGUACUAUUGAAGUAAUAACUCCUGAACACUCAUGGAAUGUAGUUCAUGACUACAGAGUACUCAAGUAAUAUUGCAGUAAUAAGUACUGAGUACUCAUGUAAUGAUGCAGUAAUAACUACUUGGUACUCAUGUAAUGUAGUUCAUGACUACUGAGUACUCAAGUAAUAUUGCAGUAAUAACUACUGAGUACUCAUGUAAUACUGUAGUAAUAACUACUGAGUACUCAUGUAAUGUAGUUCAUGACUACUGCGUUCUCAUGUAAUAAUGUAGUAAUAACUACUGAGUACUCAUGUAAUACUGUAGUAAUAACUACUGGGUACUCAUGUAAUAAUAUAGUAAUAACUGCUAAGUACUCAUGUAAUGUAAUUCAUUACUACUGAGUACUCAUGUAAUAAUAUAGUAAUAACUGCUGAGUACUCAUGUAAUGUAAUUCAUUACUACUGUGUACU